GCCGUAAAACGCUUUGCACGAGCUGCCAGUCAAGACAGCAUAAGGCCUUUAAGCUUAUAAAUUCGUUGACGAUGAAAGCUGGGUUAUUCACGCGCACUUUCAUUUUAACGUUAUAGAUCGUGUUUUAGUCUUUCUCACGAUGAUCAUAGAGAAUGUGGACGCAUUGAAGACGUGGCUUGCGAAACUCCUGGAGCCCAUAUGUGAUGCUGACCCUGCAGCUCUGGCCAACUAUGUGGUGGCUCUUGUAAAGAAAGACAAACCAGAGAAGGAGCUCAAAGCCCUUUGUGCUGAUCAGCUUGAAGUCUUCCUGCAAAAAGAAACUGUGGGAUUUGUUGAAAAACUGUUUGAAUGCUUGACAACAAAAAACUACCUAGGAAAUCCUCCUCCAAAGGAAACCCCUAAAGAAGAUGUGAAGCAACCUGCAGCUAAAAUGGAGUCUGUGGAGCCUGAAAUAUCCGAGGAGGAGAGAGAAAACAGACGCCGGAGGAGUCCUCUGAGGAGCCGCUCUGACUUUAAUGAAUCCAGGAGGGUAGAGGAGAGAAGACGAGAUGACCGCAAACGCCGUGAUUUUGAUCGCCACGGGAAAAGUGGCAACGACUCCCACCGAGAGCGGGAGAGACAUGAGCGGCGCCGCGGCAGCCCUCGGGGGCGGAGCUACAGCCGGAGCCGCAGUCGGAGCAGGAGCGGCAGCAGAGGGAAGAGCCGAGACCGGGAGCACCGCGGAGGCAGAGAUUUUAAGCCCAAGUUUGACGUGGAGAGGAAGGACUCAGAAAACUUCACCACAGCCUCAUCAGGGACGCCUUCGCAGCAGCACCCAUCGCCUUUGCUGCCCACCCCGACACUCCCAUACUCCACAUCGAGCGGGGUGUCGGGGCCUCCGGGUGUUCCUGUGGUCACACCCGCUCACCUGCCUGACAGCACCACAGACAGCUGGUCCACUUUCUACAGCAAUCAGAGGCUGGACCCUGGCAAACAAUUUGGCAACAAGACCGCCCCACUCAAACAGCGCUGCAGAGACUAUGAUGAAAAGGGCUUCUGUGUCCGUGGCGACUUGUGCCUGUUCGAUCAUGGCAACGACCCCCUGGUGGUGGACGAUGUGAACCUGCCCAACAUGCUGCCGUUCCCCCCUGCGCCUGUACUGCCCCCGCCCCCCGGGAUCCCUCUACCUCCCAUGACAGAGCCUCCACCUCCUCUACGGAUCAAUCCCAUGCCCCCGUACGGCCAGCCACCACCUCCAGGAGUCUUCCCAGGACCCCCACUGAUAGUCACCAGUGGGAUUGACACGCCUAACCACCAAUCGGCUCUCACUUCCUCUCCUCCCAUUGGACCGCCUGGCGUUGGCCUGCCACCUCCUACUCUUCCUCCUCCUCCCUCGUCCUCCUCCGUUUCUCUGCAUCCUCAGUUUGUCCAGUCUGAAUAUACCUAUGACGCAGAGGGCUAUAAUCCUGAGGCUCCGGGCAUGACUGGAGCAGGUCGCAGUGCCCAGUUUCGUCACUUCAUUCCUCGGGUUCAGACGCAGCGCCCAAACCUCAUCGGGCUCACGUCCAAUGAGGGCCAAGGCAACAGAGCUGCCAACAUAGUGAUCCAGACAGAACCCUCUACUGGCAGCAGCACAUCUGCAUCAAACCGCUUCAGCUCAGAGCAAGAAAUCAGGAAGAGGAGCCUCGAGACUGGUCCAACUGACGGUCCGCAGGCCAAGAAACCCUGGAUGGACAAGCCUGGCUUCAACAACCAACACAAAGGCCCCUUUCCAAAGAGGAUCCAUUACGUCAACACAAAACUGGAGGUGCGCAAGAUCCCACGAGAGCUCAACAACAUCACCAAACUCAAUGAGCACUUCAGCAAGUUUGGCACCAUCGUCAACAUCCAGGUGGUGUUUGGCGGUGACCCAGAGGCGGCACUGAUCCAGUACACAAAGAAUGAAGAGGCGAGACGGGCCAUCUCCAGCACCGAAGCCGUCCUGAACAAUCGCUUUAUCAGAGUAUACUGGCACCGAGAGCCCGGGGCCAACCACACAGGGGCCCCAGGGCAAGAGCAGGGCACGGGGCCCCAAACUGUGCCACCGCAAACCAACCACGGACCCCAGCACCCUACUGUGCAUAAGGGAAUAAAGCAGCACAAUGCAGCUGCCUACGUUUUGAACAAGACGGUGCAUAAGCCUCGCCCUCAGACCACAGCCGGGACGUCCGGCGUGAGCCCAGCGGACAGCUCCAAUGUAGAGGCGGCCCCUGUGGCAUCUGCCCUAACAAACUCUCAGAAAAUGCCCUUCACCCCAACCUCCCUGAAGUCCUCCUCCAAGAGUCUGGGGAAAACGGCCAAAGUACUGAUUGCACAAGAAGCUCUCAAGCAGAAGCAGGAGGCAUUAAAACUUCAACAGGACAUGAGAAAGAAGAAGCAGGAGAUGUUGCAGACACAAAUUGAGUGCCAAAAAGCCUUAAUAAACCGUCUGGAGAAAAACAGAGGGAUGAAGCCAGAAGAAAGGGCAAACAUCAUGAAGACACUGAAGGAGCUGACUGAUAAAAUCUCACAGCUGCAGAAUGACCUGAACCCUGUCGCUCAGGUCACCAGUGCCAAAGCCAACAACAACCAGCCUAAGAAUAAGAGCGACGCCCAGAAAGAGCUGCUGGACGCUGAGCUCGACUUUCACAAGAAGAUGAACUCUGGAGAGGACACCACCGACCUCAAGAGGAAACUGGGGCAGCUACAAGUGGAGGCGACGCGGUUAGGCCUGAUCCGCUCUCCUUCAGGCCGGGGUCGGGGCAGAGGAAAGAUGGCGGCAGAUCACGGAGCAGGACAUGUGGGGCGGGGCAGAGGACGCAGUCGGGACGGGCCGGGCAGAGGGGGCACAAUCAACCGAAUGGUGGUUGACCACAGGCCCAGAGCUCUGGCCAUCCUGGGGGUCACACAGGAGGAGAAGGAGGAGCUCAUGCCACACUUUGUGAAAUUUGGAGAGAUUGAGGAUCUGCGUGACCACGAUGCUAACAGUGUUGUAAUGACGUUCAAAACAAGAAGUGAAGCUGAAAAUGCUGCCAACCAGGGAGCAAAGUUCAAAGGUCGUGUGCUUCAGAUUUCCUGGUACAAGCCCAAGACGCCCUCCGUCACAACUGAACCUGAGGAGGAAGACGCCAAAGAAGAGGACAGCUCGAAGGAGAGCGGCUCGUUUUUGGCGGAGGAGGAGGAAGAGGAGGAGGAUGAUGAUGAAGAUGACGAGUACGAGAGCAGAUCCUGGAGGCGAUAGUAAAACCCCGCUCCACAGAAAACUGACCUUGUUUUGUUUCCAGUAUUUUGAAGCAAAAUUAUUUUAAGUCUUUAGGUAACAUCAAAAGACACUGAGGGCUGAAUUAUUGCCCUCGAUAUUAACACAAAUCUGAUUAAGAUAUCUCACUUUUGCUGAGAGUAGAACAUGUCAAAGUUGUCCUCAUAGAUAUAGUACAAAUCUAUGUACGUUUCAGUGUGCUUACCAGACGAUUCGUAUCAGUAAUGCACAACAUUUGUGUCUACUGUGAAUAGGUAUUUUUAUACAUAUUCUGUAUUUAAAUGCCAUUUUUGAAGACUUUUUGUCCCGAGUUUUAGGGACACGCCCAUUCCAUCACAAAUUCUAGUAAGAAGUAAGAUUUUUAUUUUUCCACAAGUGCACUGUGCAGUACCUGAAGGAGCUUUCACACAGUAGUUACAAUAUGAUUCUAAAACAAUACUCAUACAUUUCUACAGCCCACUACUGUGCUUGCUGUUUUUGCUAGCACAAAUUGCAUGCUCAUUUCCAAUAUAUUGAACACAGUUCCAUGAACCAGCGCAGGUACAGAAGGAUCCCAGUGCAAUAGACUACACUGACGUUUACAAGUUCUCCAUCUCCACAGGUUUAAUACGGUUUUAUAGGAAGCCUUCCCCCAUUCAUGAGCGUCUUUGUGCACUACAGUACUGAGGUAAAAGGGAUUUCAUUGGCUGAAUUAUUUGUUCAGUACACAAAAGAGCAAAAUGUUUCAAGACUUUAUUCGCAGAGAACAUAUCUUCCACUUUACUACACUUCUCUAUAGAAAUGAUUCGACAUAACCUUGUGCUUUGAUCACCACUGAUCAGUCACGUCAUGUUGAUUUAAAAUCAGCUCAGUCUCCAUUGUGUACUGAAUAUUCUGUAAUAUGUUUUCUUCACAUUUAGAAAAGAACUACUGACAAACCUCACUUUCCACAGUAGUCUAGUGCAUAAAGCUGCUCAGAUCACUGUUUCUUUAGUAUCUUAUUUUCUUAACUCAUACAAAAGGCCUGUUAGGACAGGGUCAUCUCAUGUGAUCUAAAGACAGGGGUUUGAAUGUAAACUGAGUCGUUGAUUUUAAUAUAUAUAAUUUUGCCUUACAAUCAGCAAACGGCUGAAUUUUUACAAGAGUUAACAUUUACUUUUGUAUAUUUUGUAAAUGAGAGUAAUUACUGUUGUAUCUUUUUGUUUUUAAUAUGUCAGGUAGAAAUGCAAAGCAAGAGUGUCUCUGCUUAUUUAAAUGGAGUGCCCUUUUUCCCCCCACAAAUUCACAAUUUAAGUUGCACAAUAUUCAUCUGUGGCAAAUGGAAAACAUAGGAAGUUGACUCACUACAGGUGCAUAUGAAUAAAUCAAAAUAUUGUGGAAAAGUGCAAAAUAAAAAAUAUUGCAUGCUUGCAUAGUCAUGGCACGAUAUAAACAAUUUCUGUCCUAUUUAUUUAGUUUUUUUCAUAUGUGUAAGAUCAUGGCCGUACAUGCCGUAUGUUGAUGGAUUGAAAACAAAAAUCAGAAAUUCUGCUUUCUAUAAUUUUUUACGGCAAGAUUAAUUUUAUUUAUUUACACAAAGAGCGAUUCAUAGAUUACCUGGGCAGUGGGGUAAAGAGAGAACCUGCUAAAAAACCUCCUGCUCCACUAUAAAACGCAAACUUUCCCACAAUAUUCUGAUUAGUUUUGCGUCUGUAAGGCUUCGCACGCACACUGGCUUCUCUAUACUGUAAACCGUAAGUGUCCCUGGGAUAGGAACAGUACAACCUAGAAUUUUGUCUCCUUUUCAUUGCAUUUUUGCUUUAUAUUUCCAAAACCCAGGCGAGACUAUCUACUUAUCUCAUUGUUGACUGAAAAUCUGCAUAGCAUCUCUUAACGUUUUGAUUUUGUGAUUGAUUUAAUGAUUUCACAAGCAGAUUUUAGGUAAAACCGUUAAACUGACAGGGCUCUUGCUUGUGAAGAUACAGAGGUCUUUGAUUCACUUUUUGUAUAACUCCUGUAUGCUACUGCUAUCACAAUAGUGUAAAAAUGUGUAAUAUGUUUAUUGGACAAUAGUUUUUUGGAUAUGUUACUGUUUAUAUUCGCAGGAUGUGGAUGUAUUUUCUUCAUGUAUUUUGUUUGUAAAAAAUGAUUUCUAAUUUACUAGCAUGUUUGCUUUGGGCAAUAAAGAGGGAGGAAUGGGAUGCUUGAAACACACGAAAGAAAAAAAAAAGAAAA